AUGACAAGUGGCCAAAGUGGGCAUGAUCAUUCGUUUACAAUACGUCAAGAAAUUCAACGUUUCGAAAGUGUUCAUCCGUCUAUUUAUGCUAUUUACGAUUUAAUUGAUCUUAUUUCUGACACACAAAUUGCCAAGCAGAUAAGAGAACAUGUUGUAGCUAUUGAAGAUUCUUUUGUCAAUAGUCAUGAAUGGACACUGGCUAGAGAUGUACCAGAGCUACAUCUGGGAAUUAUUGGAUCAUGUGAUUCAGGUAAAUCGGCACUGGUACAUCGCUAUUUGACAGGAUCAUUUAUGCAUGAGGAAUCCCCAGAAGGCGGUAGAUUUAAAAAAGAAAUUUUUAUUAAUGAUCAAAGUUAUUUAUUAUUGAUUAGAGAUGAAGGCGGUGUCCCUGAAUCACAGUUCUCGUCAUGGAUCGAUGCUGUUUUAUUGGUGUUUAGUUUAGAAAGCGAAGAGAGUUUUUCGAUUCUUUGUAAUUAUUAUAAUAAAAUGUGUUCAUUUCGUAAUAUGACAGAUGUACCAAAAAUUUUAGUCGGAGUACAAGAUUCGAUCAACGAUACAAAUCCCCGUGUGAUUAAGGACGUGAGGCCACGUAAGUUAGCAUGUGAGUUACGGUGUCCUUAUUACGAAACCUGUGCCAUUUAUGGAUUAAACGUAGAGCGUGUAUUUCAAGAUGUUUGUCAGAAAAUAAUAGUUAAAAUGUCUGAUAAAUCUCAGUUGUCGCAGCGAUGUAAUGGUAGCCAGAGUUCUAGUGAUAAUUUACAACAACAAGAACCAAGAUACUCAAUACCUGUGAUUACUAAAACCGUAAUACCGUCAGCUAAAGAUUCAGAUACGAGCAGUCCCUCGAAAAUUAGUGUUACGACAGAUAAAGCCGAAGAAUUUAUACGACCGAGCCAAGAUAAUGUGACGCAGUGCGAUCCAGUUAUAACGAAUGAUACUAGUUUUCAGUAUAUACAGACCCCUCACCCGGAGUUCCGUAGCUCUAUUUUAACGCCGACGACAAUCAGAAAGUUUCGUAGGAAAUCAAAUAUUUUUACGCCGUCUAAGAAAGAAAAGUACAACAUGGAGGAGAUGGGAGUUGGCAGAGAGAUACCCGUCAAGCAGGGAUACCUUUUUAAGCGCAGCAGCAAGUCCUUGAAGGAGCGUAAAAAAAAGUAUGUGACUCUACUGGAAGACGGGAGACUGACUUACCACCCAAGUCUUCAUGACUACAUGAAUGACAUCAACGGCAAAGUAAUUCUUCUCCAGUAUGUCACAGUUAAAGUACCUGGUAAAACACCAAAAGGCUCAAAAGCAACCGCCACUCAAGAUGACAGCUUCGAGUUCGCAAUAAUAUCACUGGAGAACAAGACAUGGAACUUCGAAGCGAGCAACGCCGAGGACCGCGACAGCUGGAUCACUGCUAUCGAACUCCAGAUAUUAUCAAGCUUGCAGAACAGCGACGCUGAUAAGAAAAACGAAACCGAAGCCUUCAAAAUGCACUGCAUAAAAAAUAAAGUGUCUGGUAAUGAUGCAUGCGCUGACUGCAGUGCCCCGAAUCCCGACUGGGCGAGUCUCAAUCUCGGAAUUUUGGUUUGCAUCGAGUGCUCAGGUAUACACAGGAAUUUAGGCUCACAUAUAUCGAAAAUACGUUCGCUAGAUCUUGACGACUGGUCUGCUGGACAGUUGAGUGUCAUGCUAGCACUAGGUAACGAUAUUGCCAACGGAGUUUGGGAGUAUUGUCUCAACAGCAAGUUGAAGCCCAACUCAGAUUCUCCUCGUGAAGCUAAAGAGCAGUGGAUUCGUUGGAAGUAUGAAGACAAGGCUUUUUUACCACCUGCUAAUCCAAAUAUUUCAAUUGGAAAAUUGCUCAUCGAUUCUGUUUGCCGAGGUGAUAUGAGGGCUUUCACUCUCUGCUUGGCAAGAUGUACAUACGAAGAUAUAAAUAUGUCAGUCAGUAAUGAAGAUUUGAGAACGCCUUUACAUCUAGCUUGCGCUACGGGAAACUUGGCCAUGGCUCAAUUAUUAAUAUGGCACAAGGCGAAUCCCCAAAAUCUUGAUCACGAAGGCCGUACCUGUAUGUCGUACGUCAGAGCAUUAGAGAGAACCCUCGACAACACGUCGGAUUCAAUUGAAAUGCAGAAACUUUUAGAAGUAUUAGAGCAGGCAAGUAUAUCUAGUAUGGACGACACUGAAACGACCCAGUAUUAAGACACACACUUGUUUGUUUAGUUUAGUGACUGAUAACAAACUUAAUAUAUUUGUUUAUUAAGUCGUUUAUCUUUUACCGUUGGUACUUAUUUUAUUUUUAUAAUUUUAUUCCACCGACUUGUUUUAUUGAAGAUAAAAAAAUGUUUUUAGCUCAUAUAAUAUAUAUAAGUAUUUGUAGAUUUUAUUAACUGAAAUUUUAUUGUAACUAAAUGAAUUUUAAUUUUC